UCAAAUAUGUCAGAUCGUAAUCGCAGGAGUAAUAAAAGUAAAUAUUAUUGCUGUGUGUUUGGGUGUUUUAAUACUAAUGCAACUAUUCCAGAAUUGUCUUUCUUCAAAUUACCUGUUGAACAGGAAAGACGUCUUCAGUGGCUGCGCUUAAUUGACCGCGAGGAUUUAAUAAAUAGAUUCCAAUCCUGCCAUCUUGUUUGCGAAGCCCAUUUCCGUAAAGAAGACAUAACGAAAAACAAUGUUAGAAAAUUACUAACAAAAAAUUGUUUGCCGAGUUUAAAUUUACCUACUGAUCCCAAAAAAGUUGACAAAUAUACACAAGUAGAAAUAAUUAGUGCUUCAGGGUCGAAUGAAAUCGAUUUAGCUAUUGGGACUUCAUCGUGCCAAACGGAUAUUAACACCACGAAUAACCCUGGUUUUUCUAUCUGGGAGUCGUCCGGCGUGGAGCAACCCUCGUGCUCGUCCUUCGCCGACUCCGACAUGGAGCAGGAGCACCCUGAGGAAAAAUUGGAUCCGACGACGUUUAUGGAGAUCAAGCAGGAGGUUCUGUGGGGCGGCGAGCAGAGCUCCAAGGAGCAUGGCGCUGCUCAGACGGAGCAGGGGGCCGGGGAAGCGGCGCCACCCCGGGGGGUGCAGGAGCGGGGGAUCCUGGAGGAGCUGCGGCGGGAGAUGGGCACGGUGGCGCGGCGCGACGAGGUCAGCUCGGGACUGGAGGAGAUCCGACAGGAGAUCAGGGGGCUGGCGCAGGGGGACGAGUUCGACGCCUUCGGGCGGUACGUGGCCUCGCUGCUGCGGAACAUGCGGCCGCGCCGGGCCAGCCACGCGCAGCCGCUCCUCAUCAACCUGCUGGCCGCCGAGAUGAUGAAACAGAACGAUGAUGACUUGGCCUAG